GAUCUCUCGUGAAGCAACAACUUUCUUCUUCUAUCACUAUGACCACCACCACCACAACAACAACCGAUGGAAGCGGCGGCGGCAAAACGCAAACGCAAACGCACAAGAAACACGUGAGGAGGCGACUUCACACAAGUCGUCCUUAUCAAGAACGUCUUCUCAACAUGGCUGAAGCUCGUCGCGAAAUCGUCACCGCUUUAAAACAACAUCGUGCUUCCAUGAGACAAGCCACGAGGAUUCCACCGCCUCAACCACCGCCACCACCUCAGCCUCUAAAUCUUUUUUCUCCCCCGCCUCCUCCUCCUCCUCCUCCGGAUCCAUUUUCUUGGACGAAUCCAUCUCUCAACUUCCUCCUCCCUAAUCAACCCUUAGGUUUAAACCUAAAUUUCCAAGAUUUCAACGACUUCAUCCAAACCUCCUCAACAACAUCUUCAUCAUCAUCUUCCUCCACUUCAUCUUCCUCAUCGUCGAUUUUUCCGACGAAUCCUCAUAUCUACUCUUCCCCUUCACCUCCUCCCACCUUCACCGCCGCCACUUCAGAUUCAGCUCCUCAACCACCGUCUUCCUCUAAUGGAGAGAACAACGUGGUGACGUCAACUUGGUGGUCAGAGCUCAUGAUGAAGACGGCGGAGCCAGAGAUUAAACCGGAGGCGGAAGAUGUGGUCGUAGUCGAAGAUGACGUGUUUCCAAAGCUUGGUGACGUCAUGGAAUUCCCUUCGUGGUUAAACCAAACAGAGGAAGAAUUAUUUCAUCCUUAUAAUCUCACUGAUCAUUACUCAUCUCCUCAUAAUCCUCCAUUAUCCUGUAUGGAGAUUGGAGAAAUUGAAGGUAUGGAUGGAGACGACUGGUUUGCUUGAACCACAAAGAUUGAUUACUGUUUUUUUUUCAGACAUGAUGAAUCAACUCUUUGGUUCUUUUCUUAUUUUUACCUUAUUUUUAUUUGUUUUCUUUAUAAAAUUCUCUUUUUGUUCGGAGACAUUUUGAAUCUUUGAAAUAACAAGAAGCCUGCGGAGAAAAAAAAUGUUCGAUUUGGCAAAGUCACAUGAAUGCAAUAAACUUCAAUUUUCUUU